AUGCAACAUAUAGACGGCUUUCAAACGACCGAUUCAUUUCGGUUUGAUCGUAAUACAUCAUCAUCAUCAACAUCAUUAUCUACAUCAUCCGGUUAUGGUUCACGUUUAAGUUUAUCUCAAACUGAUCAUUCAUCAUCAAAUCGUCGUAAUAUUAUAACAAAAUAUUUUAAAGAAAAAUUAUCUAAACAUAAAAGUUUAGCAUCAUUAAUAUCAUCAUCAUCAUCAAAAACAGAUAUAAAUAUUCCUCAACAUGAAACAGAAAUCUAUGAAAGUGUAUGGAAUUUAGAUGGACGUUGCUGA